UCAACAAGAAUCGAGUUAUAAAAACAUCAAAUAUGCAUCAAAUUACGUAAUUACACAACACUUGAGCGCGUUUAAAUACCUUUUAUCGAUAUGGCGAACGACUAAUCCACGUGAAAUAAUUAAUAUAAAUUUAUGUGUCGCCUUUUUGAGGCGUUUGUGCCGAAACGAUGCGAGUUGUAUUGAUCUGUUUGCAAUAAUGUCCCCCUUGCCUCUUCCCAAGAGAUCAACAGUGACGUUUUCUAUGGAUUUCCUGCAAUUUCGCAGUCUUCAGCUUUAAUUAAUUGUAGUAUUUAUUUAAAUUAGCUUAUGUCAGAGCUAAUAGUCGUGAAAGAACCGCACUACUAACAUGGGAAGGUGGUAUUUUUCACAGAUAGUGAGGUUAUUUUUUAUUCUCUUUUACUUAGUGGAUACGACUUCCUGCAUAAAAUGUUACGUUUGUGGAAACGAAGAUGACCUGCCUUGUACUGAAUUUGAAAUUGAAGAUAAAAGAUAUCAGAAAGAGUGUGACAACGACAAAAGUUGUAAGAUAUCUAGGAGUGAACAAGGAAAUAGAAUUUUAAGCAGAUCAUGCGAGCCCAACCAAUUCAAAGACUGUAUUAUAGCAAAUUUUGUGGAAUAUUGCUACUGUAUCAAAGACUACUGUAAUAAAAUCAGUCCAUCCGAUGAUGAGGAUGAAGAUCCAAUAGAAUUCUUAGAAGGUAGUGGUAAUAAUGACAUCACGGAGAAUCAAGAAAGUACAUCAAAAGACAGGACCGUCUCCAGUUCUUCGACUGAAAAAAACAAAAAUUCCGUACAACAAAAUGAAGUUAAAAAUUCUGUGUUAGUGUCAAAUAAUCAAAAAACUAAAUCCAAAGGUGCUUCUCAAAAAAAUUAUUUACCAGCUUUAUUUAUUUCUUUUUUGUGGAGUUGUUUGAUGAUAUAUUUUUAAAUAAUUUAUACAAACUAGUACAUAAGACCUACAUAUAUAUUAUCAGUAUUAUAAUAUGAGAUUGUUUUUUAAAAAGUGCAAUUUUUUACAUUAAUUAAGCUUGCAUAGGGAUUGUUAAUGUUAAGAACGUCAGUAUUUACACAAAAAAAAGUUUUUUAUACUCAUAUAUAUAUGCGAUUUUAUAUAAAAUAUUUAUUAUUGUAUACAUUUUACCAAAGCUUUUUUCUAGUCCAAACAAAAUAUAUUUUUAAGAAAUUGUUAAUUACUAGGGAUAUUCCUAUAAUGACUGUGUGAAAGUGAAUUUAAAAAAUCAGUAUUGUAUAUUUACAUACAGUAUUAUUAUAAACUAACGCAAUUCUAACAGUAUUUUUUGUAAUUUAAUAAGCAAGUGGUUUGUUUAAAAUAGUAUAUUUAUUGAAUUAUUUUUAUAUAUCUACAGAUUAAUAGAAAUAAAAUCAAUUUUAAUG